AUGGUUGGAGAUGCGGCUCCUCAGGCGACAAACCAGCAUCCACGCAUGGAAGCCGCCAUGGAUCUUCCAGUUGUGGUUGAUUCGUACAAUGAUGAAAUGGUCUCCCAAGAACUAGAGCAAAUGAGGAGUAUAUUGGAAGAGGCGAUUUUGGAAACACGCAGCAUGCCUCUCGAAAAUCGACCGCGACUUCCCCGCAUACCCCUUAGCAAGCGAAAUCGGGCUGUCGUGAGGGCUCUUAACCCAAUGCUGGUAACCUAUUUGGAAGCCAGCCGAGACCUUUGCGAGACGGACUCAGUUUUUUUGGCGCCGCAGUAG